AUGUUUACCCAUCAGCAUGGAGAUCGUCCAGAAGCCAGAAAUAUUGCUAUUGUGGUUACUGAUGGUGUAUCAAAUGUGAAUCCUUACCGCACAUUGGAUGAAGCUGCUCUGCUGAAGGAUGCAGAUGUGCAUAUUUAUGGUGUGGGAAUUGGCCUAGUUGAACUUACUGAGCUGCAGCAAAUAGUGUCCAAGCCAGCAGAGGAAAACACAUUCCUUGCACAGAACUUUGAUGAUUUGCAAGGACUGAAAAGACUGGUCUUUGCUGAAAUGUGUCCAGAGCCUCCAACAACAACACCAAUACCAACUACAACGGAAAAAUGCCGUGCAGCUACCUCAGAUAUUGCCUUCCUUCUUGAUUCAUCAACAAGUGUCAGUGAAGCUAAUUUCAAGAAGGUUCUUUCGUUCGUCAAAGAAUUCCUGUCAACAGCCUACAUUGCUUCAGAUGGUGUGCGUGUUUCUGUUGUGACAUACAGCACUAGUGUGCAUGUUGAGUUUCUCUUGGACAGAUACACAACAAGAGAAGAGAUUUAUGGUGCCAUUGAUCAAAUUCCUUAUAGAUAUGGCAGCACCAAUACAGCUGAUGGAAUAAAAGCCAUCAGGCAGCAGGUCUUUUCUGUGGAGACAGGUGACCGUGUUGAUGCUCCUAAUUUCUUGUUUGUUGUCACUGAUGGUGUUUCCAAUAUUAAUGCUUAUCGCACAAUUGAAGAAGCUGAGAUGGCCAAAAAUCAGGACAUCCACAUCUAUGCUAUUGAACUGAAACCAAGAAGUGAAUAUGUAAUUCUUAUGUCUUUUCUCUUCUUUGAAUUCCUGCCCUCUCCUAUAGAGGCCUGUACUGCUGCAACCUCUGAUAUAGUGUUCCUUCUGGACACGUCAACCAGCGUCAGUGAGCGUAACUUCAAAAAGGUUCUUCAGUUCGUCAAGCAGUUUUUGGCUGAGGCUUAUAUAGCACCUGAUGGCGUUCAUGUUGGAGUGAUCACUUUCAGUAGCUAUGCCUAUGUCCAGUUCAAUCUUAACAAGUUCUCCUCCAGGGAAGAAGUGUUUGAAGCUGUAGAUAGCAUUCCCUACAGCUAUGGCAGUACUAACACUGCUGCUGGACUCCGAGCUCUGAGGGCUGCUUUCACAAAGGAAAAUGGUGGACGACCUGAAGCACCAAAUUAUGCCUUGGUUAUCACAGAUGGUGUUUCAAAUAUCAAUACUUUCCAGACUGUAACUGAAGCUGAACUAACUCGAAACAGUGAUAUCCAUGUAUAUGCCAUUGGUAUUGGCCUCUCAGACACAUCUGAGCUAGAAAAAAUUGCCAGCAAGCCCAGCAGAGAAAAUACAUUUAAUGUGCAAGACUUCAAUGAGUUGCAAGGCGUUAAGAAAGAUUUGUUUCAACAAUUUUGUCCUGAUAUGGCUCCACGUAGGAUUAUAACAACACCUGCAUUUAGAUUUACUUAUAUACAUAUCUUUUUCAUUCUGAUUAUACUUUUUUCUUUCUUUCUAUCUAUCUAUCUAUCUAUCUAUCUAUCUAUCUAUCUAUCUAUCUAUCUGUAUGUAUGUAAAUGCAGUGCUGCAACAGCUGAUAUUGUGUUUGUUCUGGAUUCUUCAACUAGUGUUAGUGAGCGCAAUUUCAAGAAAAUGUUGAAUUUUGUCAAAGAUUUCUUACGGGAUGCCACCAUUUCCUCAAAAUAUGUGCGUGUUGGCGUUGUUGUCUAUAGCACAUCAGUUUACAUCCAGUUCCAUCUGAAUGAAUACAAGAAAAAAGAGGAUGUAUUUUCUGCUAUUGACCGUAUCCAAUACACUUAUGGCAGUACAAACACAGCUGGUGCACUUAAAGUAAUGAGGAACACCAUGUUUACCAAGCAAAAUGGUGACCGUGACAAUGUGCGCAAUAUUGCUGUUGUUGUUACUGAUGGUGUUUCCAACAUCAAUUCUCGCCAGACAGUGAUGGAAGCAGAGAAAGCCAAAAUGGCUGAUAUCCAUAUAUAUGCCAUUGGUGUUGGAUUGUCAGAAACAGAAGAAUUAGAACAGAUUGCUUCUGCUCCUGCUGAAGAGAACAAGUUUGCUGUACAAGAUUUUGAUGAACUUCAUGGAUUGAGAGCAAAAGUGUUUAAAGAAUUCUGCCCAGGUAGAGAAGCUAUUUUUUAA